CAUACACACACUCACAUACACACACUCACACACAUACACUCAUACACACAGGGUGCUUGAAGGACAUAGAGAGGACAGAAGGCAGCAGCUGCAGUUCUGUAUGCUUGUGGGUAGAACUGGAAGAUCUUUGGAACAAAAAACUUAGAAAACAGAAGACAAGAUGGCAGAAGCUCACCAGGCUGUGGCCUUCCAGUUUACUGUGACUCCUGAUGGUAUAGAUCUACAGCUGGGACGUGAUGCUCUCCGACACCUCUACCUGUCUGGACUGAUUGCCUGUAGGAAACGACUCAUCACUCUGAAGAGCUCAGUGCUGAGUGGAGUGUACCCUGCCAGCCCUUCUACAUGGUUUGCUGUGGUAGCUGUAACUCUUGGCUCCCUAUAUGGAAAAGUGGAUGUGUCAUUCGGACUCAUAACGAAGAUAAGCAGCCUCUUACCUGGACAGUCUGUCAUCACACCUGCAUCCCGUACUGUAGUGAGUGCUGUUCUCUUCUCUUCUGGAGUUUGGGUCUCUGGAAUCCUUCUGUAUCGCCAAGUUCUGCGCAUGCUCCUCUCAUACCAUGGCUGGAUGUUUGAGCCACAUGGAAAAAGAAGUUUGAAAACAAAACUUUGGGGAGGCUGUAUGAAGGUCAUGGCCAGACGACAGCCCAUGCUCUACAGUUUCCAGAUGUCUCUUCCAAGGUUGCCAGUGCCAUGCCUAGAGGACACAAUAGAGAGGUACUUGCAGUCCGUGCAACCAUUGAUGGAUGAGGAAAAGUUCAGUGGCAUGAAAAGCUUGGCUCAUGACUUCCAGAAAGAUCUUGGUCGAAAGUUACAGAAAUACCUGCAUCUCAAGUCCUGGUGGGCAACAAAUUAUGUCAGCGACUGGUGGGAAGAGUACAUCUACUUGCGUGGUCGAGGACCAAUUAUGGUGAACAGCAACUAUUAUGCUAUGGAUUUCCUAACUGUGAGUCCGACCACUGUCCAAGCAGCAAGAGCAGGAAAUGCCAUCCAUGCAAUGCUACUAUACCGAAGAAAGCUUGAAAGGGGCCUGAUACCUCCUGUCAUGGCUCUUGGCAUUGUUCCCAUGUGCUCCUAUCAGAUUGAGAGGAUGUUUAACACUUCACGGAUUCCAGGAGUGGAGACUGACUUCCUUCAGCAUCUGGUAGAAAGUCGACAUGUAUGUGUGUACCACAAGGGCCGCUUCUACAGGCUAUGCCUAUAUGAUGACAGGACCCUGCUUAGCCCACGCCAGUUGCAAACACAAAUUCAACGCAUUCUUGAUGAUCCAAGCCCACCACAACCAGGCGAGGAUAAACUGGCAGCACUCACAGCUGGGGACCGAGUCUCUUGGGCAAAGGCUCGCUCCGAGUUCUUCAAUCACGGUGUGAAUCGGGUAUCACUGAGCUGCAUUGAAAAGGGUGUCUUCUUUGUUUGCCUGGACCCUGAUGCCUUAGGAUAUCAAGAGGAGGAUAAGAACUCUCUCAGUGUAUAUGCCAAAUCUUUACUUCAUGGGAAUUGCUACAACAGGUGGUUUGAUAAAUCCUUUAGUCUGGUUGUGUUCAGUAAUGGGAGACUGGGUCUCAACGCUGAGCAUUCCUGGGCUGACGCUCCGAUCAUUGGACACCUAUGGGAGUUUAUGCUGGCCACUGAUUGCUUUGAACUGGGUUACACAGAGGAUGGGAAUUGCAAUGGAGAUCCUGGACUCUCAUUACCUCCACCGUACAGAUUACAGUGGGAUAUUCCAGCAAAGUGUCGUGAGACCAUUGAACACUCCUACUUCACAGCCAAGACACUAGCAGAUGACGUGGACUUUAACUGCCUUCGUUUCACAGAUUUUGGAAAAGGACUUAUCAAAAAGUGCCGGAGCAGCCCCGAUGCUUUCUUCCAAAUAGCACUACAGCUGGCUCACUACCGGGAUAAAGGGCACUUCUGUUUGACUUAUGAAGCCUCUAUGACCCGUUUAUUCCGCGAGGGUCGAACAGAGACCGUGAGAUCCUGCACCAAUGAAUCCUGUGAUUUUGUGAAGGCCAUGGAGGACCCCAAUGAAACUAGAGAAAACCGUCUGGCAUUCUACCGAGCAGCUGCUGAGCGUCACCAACUCAUGUAUCGUUUAGCGAUGACAGGAAAAGGCAUUGACCGCCACCUUUUCUGUCUCUAUCUUGUGUCUAAGUAUCUGGGAACGGAGUCUCCCUUCCUUCAGAAGGUGUUGUCCGAACCCUGGCGUCUCUCUACAUCUCAAACACCUCAACAGCAGCUAAAAAUGUUUGAUUUGGAGAAAUUCCCAGACCAUAUAUCUGCCGGUGGAGGAUUUGGACCAGUGGCUGAUGAUGGUUAUGGUGUGUCUUACAUCUUUGCUGGUGAAAAUGUCAUCACCCUACACAUUUCCAGUAAAUUUUCCAGCCCUGAGACGAAUUCUCACCGUUUUGGACAAAGGAUCUGUCAGUCUAUGCGGGAUCUGGCUCAGCUCCUCACUGUUCCUCCUCGUGGUGAACGGUAAAAUAUUGGCACCUCUGUGAGAUCACAUGACACAUCACAUGAUUUGUUGUACAAGUUUCUACUCACUUGAAAAAUGUUAUUUGCUUAUUAGGCUUUAUUCAUAUUUGUGCACAGCUCUCAAAGUGCAGUAGGAAAAUGCCUCUCGCUGCACACAGUGCAAAACGCACCAAAACAAUUGUAUGCUGGAGUUUGGAAGUGCGCUGCAGAAUACAUUUCACCAGCGCUGAAGAGUGAACUGUUCCAUUCCUGAACCCGGGCAAGAAUUGAAAUGUGUUUUCACAAACUUUGUUCUUAUUUGUCCAUAACAAUACAAGCCUGCUAGCUGUAAGUUUAAAGCAAUAUAUAUAUAGCAGUUCUGUAUGGAAUGUAUGUAAAUAAUGUCUAUCUAUGCCAUCUGUGCAAGUAAACCAAUGGCACAAUUUUACUGCUUCUUUACGUCAUCUGUCAUUUCACCCCAACCAUUUUCCAGCAAACCCUUUAUCAUGCACUGAUCAGUAAACAUCAACAAUUUGGAGAAAGAUAUUUAUUAAGGUUUACAGAAUGCAGGAAACAUGAUGUGCCCCAACUCCCAAUUUAUCCCAGAGUAGGACCAUGUUCUUACGGUUUAUAUUUGCAUACAAAGUGGUUUUGUUCCUUACAUGGAGCGUCGUUCCACUGACGGUAAUCUGACAGAGGAAGAAGAUGAGAAAUUAUUUAUAUUAAAG